AUGGCGCAGCCCGAUCCAGUGAUCGAUAGUGACGAGGAUGAGGACGACGACGACGUCAAGAUCGUGCUACUCCAGCCCGAGGAGUUCGACCAACCCGAGGGCGACGGCGAGGAGGAGGAGGCGCACGCCGAGGAGGGCGGCGAGGAGCUGCUCGAGGCGGCCGACGAGGGCGAGAAGGUCGCGGAUGGGGCGGCGCCGUCGACUCCGGCGGGCGCGACACCGGCCAAGGGCUCCGGGAAGGCCAGCGACCAGCGGCACAAGACGUGGGUGGACCUCGACGCCGUGGCGCCGGACAACAUCGACCUCGACUCUGUGCAGGACAAGGCGUGGCGGCGCCCCGAGGCGGACGUGAGCGACUACUUCAACUAUGGCUUCACCGAGGAGACCUGGCGGUGGUACUGCAAGCGGCAAAAGGAGCUGCGGCAGGGGGGGCGGGCAGCGGGUGGGGCGGGCAGGAUGAGCAGAUGCACGCCGCCAAGCGCGGGCGCUAUUGAGAACCUCUCCCGCUGCUCUCGUGUGUCGACUGUGCUAUUCGUCGUGUGUUUCCAUUUUGCUGGCCAAUUUCGGCUCUACGGCUCUAGCUAA